CUUGAUAUGGGCAACUCUUUCUCUCAUUCACGGUCCAGUUCAUUCUCCCUAGUUUCUCCCUUUAACAGCGCAGACACUGUGUUGUUUUUUAAAUGGAUGUUUUGGCCGUUCCUGCAGACAGACAUAAAGGAUGGUACCUUUCUCUGAUGGCACCAAACACAAAAGGACCGACGUUUGCCUGGCUGGACCCGUCCAGACUCUACUGCAACUCACAGGCUCUUGCAGACUGUGUCAAAGACCUUGUCAGUCCAUUCCACAAUGACACCAUUGACCUGGUUGCUGGGAUAGAUGCAAUGGGAUUCAUUCUGGGGGCGUCUGUUGCCACCACCCUCGGAAAAGGUUUCCUGGCUGUACGUAAAGCAGGACACCUGUGUGUCGCAACCCAAAACCAAAAUUACACUGACUACACAGGCAGAGAAAAGACUAUGGAAGUAAGACUGGAUGUGCUAAAACCAGGUGUGAGGGUGCUGCUAGUGGACCAAUGGAUAGAAACUGGAGGCACUAUGAAGGCUGCGAUCCAGCUGGUGGAGCAGCUGGGAGCCACUGUUGUAGGUGUAGCAGCUGUGGCCAUUGAGAACACUGAAGGAGGAAAGUGGAUUAAAGAAAAUUACAAAUUCUCUCACUGUAUCCCUGAAGAGCUCCAGAACCAAAUUGACCAGAAGUAUCUCAAUUCCUUCAAAAGCUUCAAAAACUGAACCUGAAAAGAUGAUUUCUUACAACUUCAGUAUUGAAAAAAAGGGGAAUAGUAAUAUUUUGUAAGGCUAAGAUGGUCAAGAAAUAGUUUUAUCUGCAUAGACAUGAUGUAUUUUUUAAACAAAUAUAGUGAAAUCCCCAUUUAAUGAUGUUUUAAAGUUAUACUGUGAAUUCAACUUAACUGUUCUUGAAUACAUGCAUACAUACUGUUCUUGUUAUUUUCAAAACACUUUUUUUCUCUUUUUAAAUAUUUUUAUUACAUGUAAAACAUACCAUGGUAUAUUUUAAAGAAAAUAAAUGAUAAGAUAAUCGUA